AUGGCGACAGUUUUUCACAAUAACUUAAGACCUAUUUUAAUUUUAUCCAAGUGUAUAGGUUUAAUUGAUAAUGCAUAUACCUUGGAACCGAAUGGAUUAUUAUUUCGGAAAAUAGACUCAACGUAUAAUAUAUUUCUAGAAAUAGCACGGAUGAUUGUGUUGUUGGUAUGCACUCACAUAUACUUUCAUCAGCUCGAACCAGUAUUUCAUUUAUUUCAAUAUAUAAAUAUAGUUAAAUUUUGGAAUAUCAUUAUUGCUGCCAGAGUAUCAACAAUAUGGAUAAUCAAAUUUAUUAAUAGCAUCAUUGAAUUCGAUCGAAAAUUUACACCACUUACAACCACGUUUUCAAUUCCGCAGUAUUCACUUAAAGGAAAAAAUUGGUAUAAGAUUUAUAUUUCGUUUAUUUUAUAUUUUAUUGGAUUAAAAAUCUUACAAGCGUAUUUCUUUCCAAUGAAGACGGUAAACAUUACUUCAUUUGUAUUCAGUUUAUUCACUCCGCCAUAUGUUAUGGAUUACGUAGUUACUAUAACUUCGUGCUUUUUUCUUCAAAACCUGUACGUCAGAUUUAAGUCAUUAAACGAUUUGUGGAAAUGUCUUCCUCCGGGAUUAGUCGCUGUUCCUGGCCAAUGGACAAACAUUGAAAUAGUGGUUUUGGUGGAAAACAUGCGGCUGAUGCACACCGAACUCUGUAAAUUGUCAAAAAAAUUUACUCAAGGAUACGGCCCAUUGCUAUUGGGUUUCUACACAUUCAGCUUUAUCUCCAUGCUUAUCGGUGAAUAUAUGAUAAUUCACGAUAGAACAAUAUUCCGCGCAGAUCCAGAAAACGAUUACAGGAUUGUAAUAUCAAUCUUAGUUCAUUUACAAAUUUUCACCUUUAUGAUGUCUAUUAUCAUUUUUGCUUCAUCUAUAGACGAAAAGCGAAUGAAAAUGAUAUCAUAUCUACGAUCAUAUCAAAUUUCUAAUUUACACCCGGACAUAAAACGACAAAUAAAAAUGUUUUUGCAACAAAUAUCAGCCAAUAAAUAUGACCAAAUUUCGGCGUUUGGAUUUUUUGAUAUCAAUUUAUUUCUUGUAACAUCCAUACUUGUCCUAUUGACAACUGGAAUAUCGACAAUGAUUCAGAUGAAAGAUCAUCCAAUAAUGUUACAAUUGAAUAAUCAAACUAAUUUUUUCUUGAAAAAAUUAGAGUUGAAAUUUUAUCAAGUAGAAUGUGAAUAA